AUGUCAAAGACUCUGACGAAGUAUGAAUAGGAGCAGAUGAUUAGGUUUGGAGGAGUUAAUACUGGCAAAGUAGCUUUAGUAUCAGGAAUAUCAGGCUAUCUUAUCUCAUAAUUCGCAUUAAAAGUAACAAGAGUCCCUUACAGGCUUAUGUAUUUUGUUCUCGGAUACUCGCUUGGCUCAGUUGCUGGCAGCAUAAUUUAUGGAGAUAGAUCUUAUUAUGCGUAUUAUACCCCUGAGGAAGCAAGGAUUAUUAGAGAAUAAAUAGGUCCAGCAUACAUGAGAAAUAUUAGAAUCAUAUAGCCAGGUGAAUAAAUGCCUGAACCCAUGCCUGUGCCCAAGGAUGUCUGGGAACCUGUUUUUCCCUUGCUAUUCGAUGAUGAUGAAAAUACUUAGAAAGACUAGCCUUAGGAAUAGAAACAGUAGGAAUAAAUAGAAGAAACACAAAAAUAAGAAUGA